AUGGGGAUAUGGAAUAACAACAUGUGGUCUUGGAAACUUAAUUGGAUGGAAGCAGAUAUUGAAUCCCUCAAUGAAUUGCAUCAAUUGCUUGAACAAGUUCGGCCUAACAGAGCUUCUAGCGACAGGCGAAGAUGGUCAUCAAAUUCUGAUGGUUCUUUUUCGGUUCGAUCAACGUACAUGGUUUUGCAGGACAAGCGUGUAGGUACUACUCUUGAUACAAAUACAGUGGCAGUAUUGAAAAGAUUAUGGAAGAACAAUGUUCCAUCAAAAGUUAGCGUUUUCGGUUGGCGGUUGUUACUUGAAAAAUUACCAACCCGGGAGGCUUUAUUUUGCAAAGGUAUUAUCACGAAUAAUCAUGAGAAGUUGCGUCUUUUGCUUCAAAGAGGUAGAGGACAUACAACACAUCUUUUUCACUUGCUGCAUUACUUCACAAAUUUGGCAGAAAAUAUUUGUUUGGUUGGGCACUAA